ACAUUUAAAAACAACAAACCCUCGUGUUUACAAUAUAAAAUUACCAUAAUUGAAUCUUGUGAAUGUAUGCACACUUGUAUUGAUUGUAUGGAGGUAUUGUUGUUAAAUUCUAGUUUUCAGUUACCUUAAAAGUCAACAAUCCUGCCUUAAAAUCGUUGACAAUAACAGGCAAUAGUAUAAUUUUGUACUGAAGCCUGAAGCUAAAGUGCUGUUGUUUAAUUAUUAAACAAUUUCCCAAACUAGUCUUAUCUUCAAGCGGACAUUCGAUGAUAAUAAGUAGCGUCUUUAGUUAAUUGGGUGAUAGUGUUUAAAAGAUUGACGUAAACGAUCGAUCCUCGUAAUGGCUCUCAAUAAUAAUACGAAUAUUGAGAAUAUUAAAUCAAAUAAUCACCCCGACCGAAGUCAUGUUAAGGAUGGGGUAAUUGACUUUAGCGCUGGAUGUUUAGGUGGUAUAGCGUUAGUAUAUGUAGGACAACCUUUAGAUACGGUAAAGGUGAAAAUGCAGACUUCUCCACUACUUUACACUAAUAUGGUGGACUGCUGUAGAAACACCUACUUGCAGGAUGGUAUAAUAAAAGGAUUAUAUGCAGGCACUACCCCAGCUUUAGUUACAAAUAUAAUGGAAAAUUCAGUCUUAUUUCUGUGCUAUGGAUUUUGUCAAAAAGUUAUUGUAAAUAUCACAGGUGUCAAAAGUUCAGAGGAACUUAGUGCAUUCUCCAAUGCAUGUGCUGGUUUUUUAGCAUCAUUUUUUUCUUCAAUAGCAAUCACUCCCACUGAGUUGAUAAAAUGUAAGUUACAAGCUAUGCAUGAAGUUAAGCAAUCUACUGCGAGUGGUGUAACUAAAGUAAAAUAUAUUGGUCCUGUUGCAUUAACUCAGCAGAUUUGCAGAACUGAAGGAGUUAAGGGGCUUUUUCGAGGACUAGUGCCAACUUUAGCCAGAGAGAUGCCUGGUUAUUUCUUUUUCUUUGGAGGAUAUGAAGCAUCAAGGGAGUUAUUAAGAGCACCAAAUCAAAAGAAAGAAGAUCUGGGACUCCUAAAGACCAUGAUAGCUGGCGCAGUAGGCGGCGGAGUAUUUUGGACGACAACAUUUCCUCUUGAUGUCGCAAAGUCCAGGAUUCAAGUAAAUAAUAUUAAUGAUAAUGUUAUCACGACAAUAUCAAAGAUUGCUAAAAAUGAAGGAAUAUUAGCUUUAUAUCAGGGGCUAACACCAACUUUAGUUAGAACGAUUCCUGCAACUGCCGCAUUAUUUGCCACUGUAGAAUAUUCAAAGAAGUUUUUUAAUGUUAUUUCUUAAAUUUGGUUGAGUUUUUACUUGCUUUUCAAUUUAGCGAUAGUUGGACGCUCGGUGUGAUUAUUUGGCGUUGCAUAAGAGUAAAAGUCAUUCUAAGCAGUUCAUAUUCAAUGCAUUUUAACGAGAAUCUUUAUCGUAUUAUCGUAUUAUUAAGGGUUUUUUUCGAGGACUAGUGCCAACUUUAGCCAGAGAGAUGCCUGGUUAUUGGAGAAAUUUGGUUGAGUUUUUACUUGCUUUUCAAUUUAGCGAUAGUUGGACGCUCGGUGUGAUUUUUUGGCGUCGCAUAAGAGUAAAAGUCAUUCUAAGCAGUUCAUAUUCAAUGCAUUUUAACGAGAAUCUUUUUAUCGUAUUAGCCAGUUAAUUGUUAAUUGUAGUAGGACGACCAUAAUUAAUUUACAAUGUUAGAAAAUUAGUAUUUAAUAUUGAUUUUAAAUUACACUUGUUAUUGAAAAACUGGUUAUUUGUAUUGUUGGGCAUAUUUGGUGGGCUUAAAUUUUCUUACGUGCCAUUGUUAAUUUAUGACGUAUUAAAUGUGAUCGUUGUUACUUAAAUAGAA